CCCCUCCCCUUCUCUCCCCCUCCCCUCUCUCACCCCCGCAGCCGCGGAGAGGCGCGCGAAGAUGCCGGUGCGCGCCGAGUCGCGCCUCGUGCCGCCGCCGCCCAUCAACACGCACCAGCCCGGCGUGAACACCUCGCUGCUCUACAGCGGCUCGAAGUUCAGGGGCUUCCAGAAGAGCAAGGGCAACGCCUACGACGUCGAGGUCGUGCUCAAGCAUGUUGACAUGGAGAACGCAUUUCUUUGUGGAUAUUUAAAAAUUAAAGGUUUAACAGAGGAGUUCCCGGUUCUAACAACGUUCUUUGAUGGUGAGAUAAUCAGCAAGGGUCGGCCCUUUCUCACCAGAAAGUGGGAUGCGGACGAAGAUGUUGACCGCAAGCACUGGAGCAAGUUCCCAGCAUUUUUGCAGUAUGGUAAAACGUUCAACUCGGAUGAUUUUAAUUUUGAAGAACUAACAGAGAGCGACUUCAUCUUCAUGCGAUGGAAGGAGCAUUUUCUGGUGCCGGACCAUAAAAUAAAGGACAUUAACGGAGCUUCGUUCGCUGGCUUUUACUACAUCUGCUUCCAGAAGUCUGCGGCCACUAUUGAGGGCUACUACUAUCAUCGCAGCUCAGAAUGGUUUCAAUCUCUGACGCUCACUCACGUGACCGAGCACAGCCUUCCCAUCUACGAGUUCCGGUGACCAGACGUCAUUGCCGGCGGCGGCGGCAGCAGCAGCGAGAGGUGGUUGGGGCAGGAUGGUGCUGCCCAUGCGGCACUGCCACAUCUCCACGGGAGAUCUCAACCUGGUGAGAGAAGGCCGUAGUAAACAGAAGAGGGCCAGGAGGUGCAGGCAUCUGAGCACGCCAACACAAGACAGGGCGAUGCAUGGGGGCAAGUACGACGUCCUGACGCACGGCCGCACUUGCUAGAGUGGCAGGGCAGAGGGGCCCCCACUUUUGACCAAUGUCGUUCUCUUGGCACUCGUCGCUUCGAACAUUUAACAGUGUUGACCUUCGCUUGGUUCACAGGACAAAUCUACACCAACCACCAAGGAAGGGAGUCUUACGAAUCGGUUUAUUCAUUUGGUGCAGAUCGCUGAAACUAAGACAGUGUUCAAACUGGGGGUUGUUUUUUUGCAAGAUGGAAUCUGACACUACCAUCGGAUAACUCAUUUUAUGGUUGUUGUGGUGCUUUGUGGGCAAAAUAAGCAGGCUUCUGUUCAUCUUUCCCACGAAAAAAACGUAAAACUGGUGCGGCGUUUGGUGGCUUAAACGUAUGCUGUUUCAUAAAUAUAGUCCAGAAGUUACAUAGUGUUGUGGAUUACAAACGUUUUGAAAUCUGGAGAGAUGGACAGAUGUCUUGAUUUAUUUUCUAGUUACCUUUAUUAGGUAUUCAAGUUAUUGCCCACCUGUUGCAACUCCUGGUUUGUUGGUGUUAAUCUUGGAAUGUGAUUUUCAUCUUGGACAUAACAAGCGGGUGAGAGAUGCAUUAUUGGAAAAAUCCCAGGCAAGCCCCCACAGUGGAUUUCAAAACUAAAACUUUACAUAAUGACGAGGUAUUGAGCCAUCUGAAAAACAUCUUUUAUUUUUAUUUUGCGAAGGCAAUGUUUAUGCAUGGGGCUCGUGUGAAUAUGUUCGAGAUGGAAUGGUUGGCGCAUGCUGUUAUAACAACACCACAAAUUAAUUUUGAGGGCGUGUUAUUAGACCCUUCUGGCAAUCCUUUCAGUUCAAAACACAUUGUAUUAUCAAAAGGAAAUAUACAUGAUCAUGUCAAAUGAUAAUUGGCAUCCUGGAUAGAAAGUACACCCAAGUCUGAAUCUCGGCUAUUUUACUCUUCUGAUAUAAAUCUAAUUGCCAAUGACCCAAGAGUGUUUGGGUCAUUGAUCAUUUGUUUUAUAUAUAUAUUUUUUAAAAAUUGGAGUGAAUGUAAUCCCAAUAAAGCAUCCUUUAUUAUAUAGGCUACACCAUGUUCAUUUGUUCGUUGAAAAAAAGUGUUUUUCCCCUCAUUGAAAUGUCAAGGAAAACAUGGUACAGCAAAACCUUGGAUUGCGAGUAACUUGGUCUGCGAGUGUUUUGGAAGACAAGCAAAAUUUUUCAAUAAAUAUUAAUUUGACAAACGAGCGAGAUCUUGCAAUAAUACGAGUAGUAUGUAUACGCUUUGUCUGCCGAGCGUCACGUGAUCACAACUGAUAUACGAAUGCUUUGGAUUACAAACACGUUUCCGGAACGAAUUAUGCUCGCAAUCAACGGUUUCACUGUUACUUGAUUCCCUCAUACUGUAUGCAUCCAAAACAAUGUAACCAGUUGCACACCUGACAGGAGUCACUUAACGCAUUUGCUUGUGGUUGUAGGUAAAUUGGUAAAGGCUAAUAUUGUCAUGUGCCUCUCUGCAGAUUAUAAUACGUGACUUAUAGGCACUUUGAUUUACAUUCGAAUUAACUUCAAGCUGUGGAUUAUUUAUUUAAAGUUUAUGGAGGCAGAAUGAAAUUAUGCAAGUUGAAGUAUUAUUUUGAACAUCGAUUUUAAAAUGCAAAGACAGACACGCCGUUUAUUUUUAGACUGCAUAGAUUUUUCCUGUACACCCACAGAGCCUCCUCGAUCAUCGUGUGGAUUUUCACGUUGUGGCUCCAUACGCUCGACGAUCAUUUCACAGCACUUAUUUGGAACAUCAACAGCGAUUUAUGCAAAAGUAAGGAACAGGUGAAGCGAGUGAGAGGUGUGUUUAUAUAUUUUUUUUUAUUUUACAAGCCGCAUUUAAAUCUGACGACGCGUUAACCGCUUCCAGUGCCUUUAAAACCAGUCACGUGCGCCUGGCACCCAUCCCAUCGUGUGCCAUGAUAAUUUUACAUUCGCUUAUCAUGUUGCCGCUUCGGUAAACUUGAUACACAAAUUAAUGGUUCGUGAAACAACAGCGGGAUGUUUAUUUUUAUCAACCGUUGCCGAGAGGAAACGAAGAUCGUAACUUUAUGGCCAACUAGCCUGUGACAUUUGGAAAUGUUAUGCAUUUGCUUCUUCGGGCUCAGAUGACACUUCUCAUGUAUAUGCAACAUUUUCCUACCACGGCUUCCCGAACCGUUAAGCUAUCAAGACGUAUCCGUGUCCCUCCGUAUGGUUUUGAGCCUGAGCCUUCUUCCAUUUUGCGUACAAUUGUCACGUGAUCAAGUUAGACUUCAAGAACAGUUCCAACUCGUUCGGUCUGAAUGCCCAUUGUGUGUUCUUGACAUUUGUGUACAUCAGUAAUGAAACAAUUGAGUAAAGCGAUGGAUCGUUUAAAAAUAUAUAUUAAGAUCGAUUCAUCGGCAAUUGUGUUGAAAUGGUGAACGCCAGGCAUCUGGCCCUCAAAAUCAUAUGAAACUGCACAGUGCACGCGCACAUCGUGAUGGAAUGAUGACGACUCCAUCAAUCUUCACCUCGCGCAUUUGAGCCACAUAGUAGCGUGACUAUUGUUUAUUAUAUCUGCAACUGAUAUUCUGAUUAGAGAUACGACAAACAUACAUAUGCAAAUUACAUGCACAUUUUGUUGUUGAUUAAUCAAAGCUAUCAUCUAAUUAAUUGAUAUUUUUAACAGUCUAAUGCGCAUUGGAACCUUGGUUGGCAUUUACAGCCAAAAGCAGAUCCAGCCCAGGGUCUUUACUCAACAACGACGUUAAAGCUUUGAACGCCUUGGGUUUUUUCCUGCCUUGAAUCUGUCUCGUCACGUAAGAUAGCUGGAGUUUUGUUUCCUUUGGGAGAUUUCUUUGCUACGCAUCUCCAUCUGGUUCUCUACCUUCCUACUCUUUUGUUCAACUUUACACACACACAUAUAUGUCGUGCCAAAUAUGAUAUUAUUUUAAUCUCAUUACAUGUCCAGGCCAUUGCAGAAUUUUCUCCUAGAAUAAUUGGCACAACCGUCUUAAUGAACGAUUUCCAUCGAGCUGUUUACAUCUUUCCAGAUCUUGUAGCGAUUUCCAGUUUGGGGCGAUAUGGUCUAAAUAGCACUUGGCCAUGCCAUUUUAAUCCUGCCACUGCUUUGAAGCUGUCCUUAAAAUGCCUUGCGGACACGUGGGCUUUUGUGCAGUGACCGAGUGGCGCUUACAUACCACCUGCCCGCAUUUAGCCCCAUUUUGCACAGUGAUUGCUCCACAGAGACCUCUGACCUCAUAGCGUAAUACAAGCCUACAACAGUCCACUGAGCUGUCUCACAUUAAAAGCACGCAUUACACAAUAUGUAUGUACAGUAUUACCGUGUCACAACGAACCAUGCCUAUAACGAAUACCCCCUUUAUAAUGAACGCAGCUGCGGGAACGCAUUCUCUUGCGUUGAUUUAUACCUCCAUACAAAAAUUACGUUAGCAACCCCGCUUAUAACGAUCGUACGUGCUGCCAAAUCUCCGGUCGUUUCCCUUGGUGUACGAUACGGUACUAUACACUACUGUAUACGGUACCAGCGUGUGAUGUUUUUGAUGUUGUAUUUGACAAGGAGACCUGUACAAAUUUACACUGGUGUGGCGAUGCAUCAACUGUCUCCUGUUUCUUCAGAGGCCCAGUUCAAAUUGUCAUUAAACCCUUUACUGUAUGGCGAAGCGCCCCUCUGAUAUAGUCGUGAACUUUGUUCCAGGUCCGCAAGUGGUUUGUUACAAUGGGGUAAUACCUCUCUAUACACACAAGGUAUGAGCAGACGUGUAAGAAAUUAUCCGUAAGAGGUUUUUGGGUUAGAUUGUGUAAAUAAGUGUUUUUUGUUAUUUUCUUUGAACCUAUCCAUGUGACUUUACCGAAAGACCCAAUAAUAUGUGUUGUUAAACCUGCCACCACCCAACACAGCCAAUUAGUAGGGUUUGUAAUGACAUCGUAUGUAACUGUAUAAGACCGAAACAGGAGGAUUUCUCCAUAACUGGUUAUCACCUUGUGAUGUUCGUAAUUACUGGCGACACAUCAUACUCGAAUUUUAGAUGCUGUGGGUUUACUUUCCAACACACCGGUGUGCUGAACUAGUCACGAAUUGCCAUGUUUUGUUCACGUGACAAACCUUACGAAUUGGCUGUGUAGGGUUGUGGCGGGGUUCACGACACAUUUAUGCAAUCCAACCCAAAAACUCUUGUGGAUAAUAUUGGUCCCGAAAGCCUACGAUGUGUUAAACUGUUAGAAAUUGGUCCCGACCUAAUUAAGGUGGAGUGCACUUCGUUUUCUAUCCAUACCCGUGCCUGCCGUGCAGUACAUCUCGAGGUGUUGUGCGAAGCAGGACACGUGUCUAGGAUGGAGGAGGGAAAUGUUACCAAGGCAGGCAUUGUAAUGGCACCGAGAAGAAUCCUGUGAUCAACAGGGCGUGUUACCAGGAGGCCAGCGUUCACUGUAACCAGUUUUGGACAUGGCACAAGGUGAACAAGUGGCAGUGUUGGUGGAGACAUUGGUUUCUUGAUCUAUGCGUAUUAGGGUGCCACUCAAUAUGAAUAUGGCAAAGUGAAGUGUCAGAUUUAUUGGAUCGCACUCCCCCUUGAUUUGUUACUUUGGGUGUAAAAGUUAAGCUAAGAAUGUUCCAAUCUGUUAAUAUUUACAGGUUGGUCAGGAUUUGCCACUCUUUGCAUAUAUGCCCUAUACUAUGACUAUUGCCUUAUGCAUUUUUAACUCUGUUGAGCAACCGGUAAAUCGAGGGAUUGUCUUUAAACUUAAAAGUGCUUCAGUUUAACAGUCAAACGAAUAACGCUAGGGAGGCAUGACUUUGUGCCCAAGUAAGUGUACAAAGUAAAAAUGUUUUUGUGAGCUCAUCAGUAAAUGUGAUUUUCUAUGGUCACGCCUACGAUUAUUUUCAAAAUUCAUCGUCGCGUUUUCAAGCGUUGCUGUAUCGUCGGUGAUCGAGGCAGUAAAUGUGUGGCCUUACGGCAAGGUACCGAUUUCGCCAUAGGAUAACCUUUGUUGAGUUAUUUGCUCGUGGUGCUUACCAGGUGGUAUUCAGCUCCCUCCAAGGAAUAUAAGCAAGGAUGUAUUCGGUUAAUAUGGAGGGAGCAUCAACCCUGCCCAGGAUUUCUACUCCCUAACCUCAUUGGGCCAGCUGCUACACCUCAUGUGCUAUCGGCAGUCGUAUCAGGGGAGGCCAGGACGAGUGAUAUGUGAGCAGUUAUUCAAUUGGCAUCGGUGCUGUGUUGUGUUGAGAGACAACGGUCAAUUUAUACAUCUUCCAGCAGCAAGAAUUUUUCAUUGGAUCAUUUUUUAUUUAAAUAGUUAAAAUGGAUCUUACGGUAGCAGAUUCUUGUAGGUUAGUGUGGGUGUGUUUUUAGGUCGUGAUCGUGUUGGUACCGCGAGUGAAAAGAAGCUGAGUGAUGCAAUUGCCGAGUUACCGACACGGAUGUGGAUGUUAAAAUUUUCGCGAUUGGUGAGGCACCGUGAGAAUGUAACACACCAAUAAAGUGCUGCGAAGUGGCAAUUUAUUUUCAAACCACGUCUAUUGAGCUGGUAGAAGUUGAUUAUUACAUGAUCCAAAUUUUUAUCAAAAUUUACUCGCAAGAUAUUUCACGUGAUUUUGUGUUUGCGUACAGGUCGAGUGUUAAGGUUUAAUUUAAAGAGGCAGCCUCUUUAAAAUGUCCGUGUCCAAUUCCUUUACUUGUAUUGUGUAAUUGUUUAUAUGUGCACGCACACACUACGAUUUUAAACUCUGAAUACAAUACAAAUAAUUCAGGUAACAAUUACGUUAAUUACCUGUACACAGUAAUGUAACAUGAUCAAACACACUGGAGUAUGAUAACGGAGAAGCGAAUGUAUGUGGGGGGUAUUUUUUUUCCCCCCUGCAAUUGUUUGUGAUUUUCUUUGCAUGCAGCUUUACUCUUGUGGAUGUUUUAAGCAGAAUGUGAAUCUGUUGGUCUGUACAAGGCAACUUAAUUGUUUUUUUACUUUGGAUUUCACAAAUAUGUCUUAUGCCUCAUUUCCGCAGCCACUGGGGGUGGGGGACCCAGUUUCUGCUGGCCCGGGAUUGGGCACUAGGCCCCAGAGUUAUUGUGCUCUUUACCCACGAAAAAGCCUCAUCGAGUCUCCUUUGUAGGAAGCGCCUGGCAAGUUUUCACAAUGUUACUGCCGUGUAAUCGCAAAUUAAUAAUUUCCAAGUAAUUUUUUCAGAAUUGGGAUGUUUGGCCAAUGCCAGUUUUAAUUGGACGUUUUAUUUUGUUUGAGCUUGUGGGGAGGAGACUGCAGAACCCUGUGGAAACCCAUACGGAACCAAGAGGAGAGAACAUACAUUCUCAACAAGGCACCCGUGUCCGGAAUCGAACACAGGAUCUGUCAGCUGAAGCAUGAGUCUUGAGGUUUUGAGCCCUGAAGUUCUGUGGUUCUGCCAAUGCUGCUCCCAUCAUGCUAUUGAAAAGGCUGCAAUCUGGAACUUCAUGGGAUGGGCUAACCUAGGGUUGCCGUGAUAUGGCUUUAGUACGAUAUCGCAUCAUGUAAUAGCCACAAUUAUCUUAUGCAUUUUGGUAAAUAAUGGGCCAUUUUAUUUCGUAUUCCCUUAUGAUAAUGCAAUUUUGAUUCAUAUUCACAAUAAUAAUUGGAGUUCUAAAUAAGUAGCCAUUACCCAUGAAAUGAGGGCUUUGCAAAUUUCCAGAAAUUGAUGUCAUUGUGGUUGUCACCAUUUUUCCAACAGCAUUAUACGCAUUAGCGAUUGCAAAAUUGCAAUAAUUAAAGACUUAUGGCUGGCUUAUGUUGAGUGAACUGCAGUUGAAUAACUUGAAUAAUUCAUUUUUAUACGUAUCAAAGUGCAAAAACAAGACAAAUGUGAAAUACAAUUAGGACGUUAAAGGACACUCAUUGCAGUAAUCAUCACAUUGGCAAAUGUAAUUUCGUAAUGUAUUGCGAAAAAACUAUCACAGCAACCCGAGUUCACCCGAGUGGACGAGCUGUGGGCUCUGGCUCGGCGCAAUGCAAUCACCAGGGUUGCCCGGUUCUCACUGUAAAAAUGAGGCUGAAACUGAGGAAGACACUUUCACCAAAUGGAAAGUAUCUUUAAAAAAACAAAAAGUAUGGCCAGGUCUGGGCUGAGUAAAGUACUAGAGCGGAUGAGGUCAUUAGGAGUUAUGCAAUUCUUCGACAUUGACUCUGCGUCGUAACGAUUUACCUCCGAUUAUAGCAGGGUUGGCUGCGUAUAGCGCGAAAGAAGUUCAACGUACUAUGAAUGGGACGAAACAACAAUAAUAAUAAUGGUGUACUUUGUGCGACGGCGUGGGUGGAGAUGUAUUGUGAAUGUAUCCCCAUGAGAAAUGUUCGGGCGAUAUUUCGAGGCGCGUGCAUGCAGCGUCGCACUUCGGCGACUGGUGGUGCCAACCCCUCCCACGACCGGUUCUUGCCCGUGGUGUGUGCCAUACUUCAGUCGCGCCGUGCUUCCAUUUCUCUCUUGACCGGACUAAGGUUUUAACGAAGGGUUUUUUAUGUUUUGUAAUAUGCAUAUUUUAAUUAUGUAUAUCCAGAAAUGAAAAAAAUAAAACCUAUUUUUUGAA